GAAUUUUCCUCUGGCAAAAUUGAAUGUUUCAAUGGACACUGUUUAAGAUCAAAUAGAAAAAACAUGCCACCCUGUUCGGACUCUAGCUUUGACAAAAGCAUGGAAAUACUAAGUGAAAAAGUCAAUCAAAGGCACUUUACGAGGCAAUUGGCAAAGCCAAAAUCAGACAAAAAAAAAGAAGACUAUAAAGAAGUCACCAGAACACUGAAGACCAGAGCUGGUGCAAGAGCUACAGAGCAAGUCCAUGAAGAAAAUGGGGAUUUGGAGGUCCGCCGAAGCUGCAGACUUCGACAAAGUCAUUACACCACGACAAAUCAAUCUGUUUUGUUUGAUAAACUUAUAACCAACACUGCAGAAGCAGUCUUGCAAAAAAUGGACGACAUGAAGAAGAUGCGUAGAAGGCAAAUGAUGGAAGACCUUGGGGUGUUCCAUGAUGCAGAAGAAAACCUUAAUAUGUACUCCCGAGGAAAGAAAGAAAUCCAAAGAGCUGACGAAGAAAUAGCUGAUAAUCAAGGUGACAUUUUAUGUCAAUGUGCAGGAGUUUUAUCAGAAGAAAGUGAAGAGAAAGAUGAUGAUGGUGAAGACACUCGAAAGCGUUACGACUUUCGACAGAGGAAGGCUGUUGAGCGCUAUCAAGCUCCAUUGGCAAAACCAAGACCACGUAAGAUCUAUUUUUCGGGCCGGUCUUCACCUGUCCCACAGAGAUACUCAUUUAGAAGUGCUCAGUCUCAAGGCUCUUGCUGCAAAAGAGCGAACAGACAGAGACAUGCAGUCCAUAACAGCGAUUCCACAUCCUCGUCCUCCUCUGAUGAUGAAGAGCAUUUUGAGAGGCCCAGGAAGCACAGCCACAGCAGAGAUGUAAGAAGGUGUCUUCCGCUAAACUUUCGGAAAGAUGAGUUAAAGGGAAUUCACAAGGAUCGAAUGAAAAUUGGAGCAAGUCUGGCUGAUGUCGAUCCAAUGCAGAUAGAUUGUUCAGUGCGAUUUGAUGGCGUGGGUGGUCUUUCCGACCACAUUUCAGCUUUAAAAGAGAUGGUCGUUUUUCCAUUGCUUUACCCAGAAGUCUUUGAGAGAUUCAAAAUUCAACCUCCCAGAGGCUGUCUGUUCUACGGUCCACCAGGGACUGGAAAGACACUGGUUGCUCGUGCACUUGCUAAUGAAUGCAGCCAAGGUGACAGGAGAAUAGCCUUUUUUAUGAGAAAAGGUGCCGACUGCCUGAGUAAAUGGGUGGGGGAAUCUGAACGACAGCUUCGUUUAUUAUUUGAUCAGGCUUACCAGAUGCGACCUUCGAUUAUUUUCUUUGAUGAGAUAGAUGGUCUUGCUCCUGUGCGGUCCAGUAAACAAGACCAAAUUCAUAGCUCUAUUGUAUCAACACUUCUGGCACUUAUGGAUGGCUUAGACAGCAGAGGAGAGAUUGUGGUAAUUGGAGCCACCAACAGACUGGAUUCUAUAGAUCCUGCUUUACGAAGACCUGGACGCUUUGAUCGAGAGUUCCUCUUCGGCUUGCCAAAUAAAGAGGCUAGAAAAGAGAUUUUCAAGAUUCACACACGAGACUGGACCCCUAAGCCAUUGGACACAUUUCUUGAAGAGCUGGCUGAAAAAUGUGUGGGAUACUGUGGUGCUGAUAUUAAAUCCUUAUGUGCUGAAGCUGCCCUCUGUGCUUUGCGCCGCCGCUACCCUCAGAUCUACACCAGUAGCGUGAAACUGCAGUUAGAUCUCGCUUCUAUUAACAUAACAGCAAAGGAUUUUGUCACGGCUAUGCAGAAGACUGUUCCAGCUUCACAGAGGGCUGUGGCUUCACCUGGGCGAGCGCUAUCACCUGUUUCAAAGCCUCUGCUUGAAAACACACUGGCGAGAAUUUUAAAAGCCUUGCAGAGUGUAUUUCCCCAUGCAGAGCUUGCACUAAAGGAGGACCACCAACAAGACAGUUUAAAUCCUAUUUUAAGAAAUGAUGUGAUUGACAGUGAUGAGGAAUCACCAUCGAUCUUUGAAGAUCAGACAACUCAUAAAAUGCCUGGUGGACAAAAGGAGAAAUUCCUCAAUUUUAGCAGAAAUGCUUAUUACCAGCCAACAUCCUACAGGCCACGGUUCUUACUAGUUGGAGAGCCAGGAUAUGGGCAAGCGUCUCAUUUGGCACCUGCAGUAGUACACGCCCUGGAAAAGUUUCCAGUUUAUACACUAGACCUGUGCAGUUUAUUCGUUAGCACCACGUCACCAGAAGAAACCUGUGGACAGUUGAUGCGAGAAGCUCAAAGAACAGCACCGAGUAUAAUUUAUAUCCCACAUAUCCAUUUGUGGUGGGAGGCUGUUGGAGCUACACUGAAAGCUACUUUUACAACACUACUGCAGAACAUUCCAACAUUUGCUCCAGUCUUGCUUCUUGCAACAUCUGAUGUGUGUCACGCAGAUCUCCCAAAAGAGAUAAAAGAAUUGUUUGUGAAUGAUGAUGAAGUUUUCAAAAUCCAGUUGCCUAAUAUGGAAGAAAGAAAAAUGUUUUUUGAGGACUUGGUUGUAAAUCAAGCUGCUAAGCCUCCUGCAUCCAACAACGCAGCUCGGCAGCCCUUGGAAGUACUGCCUGUAGCACCACCGCCUAAGCCUCGACAGCUGACGGAGGAAGAAAUAAGACGGCUGGAGGAGCAGGAGGAGGAUACGUUGCGAGAACUUAGGAUUUUCUUGAGGGAUGUGACUCAUAGACUUGCCGUUGACAGACGUUUCAGAGCAUUUACAAAGCCUGUUGACCCAGAGGAG